AUGGCUCCACGUCAACGAGUGGAGUUUAAUGGGUUUUCAUUUGUCAUUCCUGAUCCUUCCUUCAAAAUUCCAGUUUUCAAGUGUUGUGGUUCAUUAUCGGAUCAAUCGUGCAACAGUUUGAAUUUUGUCGCACAUUCUGAGUAUGAUAGAGUUGAUGAAUAUGUCGAAGCUGUCGCUGAAAAAACACAACCGCGCCUAGAAAAUGUUCCAGUAGCAACGAUUCUGCCAUCGAGUUUUGACGCGCCAAUUAGUACCGAGAGCAGCUCAAAACCAUUUCCGAGCCAAUCAACCGAAAAAUAUCAGGAGCGCGCCGCUGCAAACGAAGAAGAAGACAGUUUUGAUAAUUUUGACGCUGCCGCGUACGUAUUGAGUAAUGAACAAAAUGAAAAAAAUGUGCCGAGCUCGUCCAAUCUGCUCGCCACAAUCGAUAGCUCCAAAAAGCGUCACGACAUGCAUGGUCAAUUUCGAGGCUUUUUGCAGGAUGAUGGAGAGGAAUUUGCCGACGAAUUGGCUCUUCUUUGUGUCGAUCGUCGCAAUGAAUUGUACAGUACCUUGAAGAAAACAUUCGGUUUUAACAAUUUUCGUCAUCGACAGAAGACGGCAAUUGUCGCGACAUUGCUUGGCUAUGACACGUUUGUGUUGAUGCCAACAGGAGCUGGAAAAUCGCUAUGCUAUCAACUACCAGCGAUUUUGAGUCCUGGUGUAACGAUCGUCGUCUCACCGUUGAAAUCGUUAAUCGAGGAUCAGACGAUGAAGAUGAAAGAAUUGGGAAUUGGAUGUAAAGCAUUGACAUCAGAGCUUUCGACGGCCGAUCAAGAAGAAAUUUAUCAAAAUUUGGCGCUUGUUCAACCAACGAUCAAACUACUAUACGUAACUCCAGAAAAGAUCAGCGCUUCAAGUCGCUUGAUUUCGGCAUUCUACAAUUUGCAUAAGCGUGGAAAGCUGGCGCGAUUCGUCAUCGAUGAAGCGCAUUGUGUUUCACAAUGGGGACACGAUUUUCGUCCUGAUUACACGAAACUUCAAUCAUUACGAGAACGCUUUCGCGAUCCGAACGUUCCCAUCAUCGCGCUCACGGCAACGGCAACGCCGAAAAUUGUCACCGACGCGAGAAAUCAUUUAGGAAUGGAAAACUCGAAACUUUUUAUUAGUAGUUUUGUUCGCGACAAUCUCAAAUACGACUUGAUACCGAAAGCGUCGCGUUCGUUGGUGAAUGUGGUUGAGAAAAUGAAGCAGUUGUAUCCGGGCAAAUCUGGAAUUAUUUAUUGCCUGUCUAGAAAAGAAUGCGAAAGUGUUCAAUUAAUGCUCACCAAAUCGGGUCUCACCGCCGAAGUUUAUCACGCUGGUUUGAGUGACACAACUCGCGUAAUGGUACAACGAAGAUGGCUAUCGAAUCGGGUUGAUGUAAUUUGUGCCACAAUUGCGUUCGGAAUGGGAAUCGAUAAACCCGAUGUUCGAUUCGUUAUUCAUUAUAGUAUGCCGAAAUCCAUUGAAGGGUAUUAUCAAGAAACGGGUCGAGCUGGACGAGACGGCCUUCCGUCCUAUUGCCUCAUGCUUUAUUCAUACAAUGAUUCGAUUCGUCUGCGGAGAAUGAUUGAAGAAGGAAAUACGACAACAGGUGUCCGAAUGAUGCACUUGACAAAUGUGCUUCAAGUAGUUGCGUACUGCGAAAAUGUUUCGGUUUGUCGCCGGAAAAUGCUCGUCGAGCAUUUUGGAGAGGUUUAUGAUGAAUCAUCAUGCCGAAAUAGCAAAACCCCAUGUGACGUGUGCGAACGACGAAAAAAGAAUCCGGAGGCGAUUCGAUUAUUCGAUGUUAGCGAUGAGGCGAAGAUGAUGCUUCAGUGCCUUCCAAAAAUGCCGAAGACGACGCUGAAAUAUUUGUCGGAAUUGUAUCGCGGUCAUUUGGCGAAAAAAUCGAACGAGCAGGCGAUGCGACUCGGCCACACCACACUUCCAUUCUAUCGACGCGGGCAGGGAAUGUCGGAAAUGGACGCGUUGAGAUUUGUGCGAAAAUUGGUUGUUGAAGGCUAUGUCCACGAGCGUCUUUAUUCGCUGCCGAAUCAGCCGGCUGUCGUGUUCGCCUAUGCGGAGCUCACCGAUCUCGGACGGCAAGUCGCAAGCGGUACGAAAACGGCGAAGAUUUAUUUGCACAUUGUGACUUGCGAGAAGAAGCAGAGAUCGCUUGGAAUGAUUGAGCUCACAAAUAUGAAUACUGUCUCGGAAGCGCAAGCGCUCAAAGAGAAACAUAUGGUCAAACACGGCGAUAUUUUUGCGGCGUGCAUCAAAGAAUUGACGCAGCUUUUGACGGCAACAGCGGAAAGCAUUGGAUUGCCAGGACCGUAUUCGAUUGUGUCUCGUGAGGGAAUUGAACAGAUUGCUGCACUAUUGCCUCGUACCAACUCGGAAAUGUUGAAGAUUGAUAGUAUGACUGAAAUGAAAAUUCAAAGAUAUUGCCCAAUGAUCAUGCAGGCGUUGAAUCCGUUCUGGAAACAAGUCGAUGAACGAGAAGAAGCUGAAAUGCGGCAGCAACUCGAGAAAUUGAAAAAUGGCGAAUUUGUGAUGGGCGGUUUUGCCGAAUUGCCGCCGGGUCCAUCAAUUUCGGAGACACGCUCGACGUUCCCAUCGCGUUCGCGUGGUCGUGCCGGAACAGUUCGAGCUCGUAAACGAGUGACACCGGGAUCUUCGUCUGGUGGCAGAGCGAUUAAGAGGCCACGUGCAACAGCGCCGUCGAGAGGAGGAGGCGGAGCCGGCAGCCGAAGAGGCGGGAGCAAGAAGGCGACGAGCACGACAACACCGAGAAUCGGCUUGUUUCCGUCGGGAUUAUUCUAG